AUGAACGGCCUGGACACCCUCACCCCUCUGCCCCGCCUCCGCGUACAUCGCACCCCGUCUCUCCCAACGGGCGGCGGCGACGACACCCCCGUCGCCGGCCCCUCGCGACUCACCACCCACUCCCUCGCCGUCCCACGGCAUGGCGACGGCGACGACGACGACGCGGAGAGCACCCCGAAGAUACCCACCCGCGAUGCCUUCCCGCCGCACGACCGAUCUGUGUCUUCUCAGGCGACCGCGACCACGACUGCGAGCGACAACCCCGCGGCACGGCUGCGCGCCCUCCUCCAUCGUCUCCCGAGCGAGACGCCGCUCGUGCAGCAGCGGCCGCCCUACGCGCGCAUGCCCACCACCCCGUCGGAACCCGACUCCGACUUCGAUCCUCCCGACGCGAGCCGCGUCGCGGUGCACUCGCACCCGAGCUUCGCGCAGGACAGUCUGAAGGAUCUGUUUUCGAACGCGCUUCGGGAGUCGAGCAACACCCCGCAGAAGGGGAAGGGUCGACCACGGCGGAACAGCAUCGAUUUGAGCGAGGUGGAGAGCGCGACACCAGAAAGGGCCUCGUUCAGGGGCAAAACGAAACGCAAAAGCCUUAGCGAUGACGAGAUCGAAAAACUGGACCGGUCUUCAUUUGCGUUCCCACCUAUUUCGCGCGAACGGCCCUCGACAUUAUCCCUCCUCCAACGACGACAGAACUCCAUCGACAACGAAGAAGCCAGCCACGAUGAUUUGAGUGCUGACAGCGCAGCGGUGCUAGAACAUCUCAAUUCUUCCGCUGGUUCCCCUCCCGCUGCUACCAGCACACCUCUGAGACAGCAACAAUCCAUACAACUACCUUCCCAGAUACAUGCGCAAUCCAAUUUGUUGGAUCAAGAUUCUGAUAUGCACGACGCGAUGAAUGUCUUGGAUAGCUUCGAGAGCAAUACCCACUCCCGAGCCCUAAGAGCGACGCCCUCUUUCUCCACUCUGCGCAACCCCAACGGCAACACACUCUCCCCUAAACGUGCGAGUUUGACAACUCCCUUCAGGCACCAUUCGCACCCCAACGAUACCAACCACUCAACGAAAUCCACUUCGAAGCAAGACUUGUCCAGGAGACAUAGCGCUGACGUGACCGACCCCUCAUUCUAUGCUGCAUCCACUCAAUCGAACGCAGAACUCAAAGAACGCGAACGCGAGCUUCAAAAAGCGCGUGAUCAAGAGCGCGAGCGCGCCUGGAACAAAUCUUCCCCCUUGCGCACGCCUGCACGCCCUUCGACUCCCUCGCAUGCCGCCCAUCACAGUUCUCCAAGUCCCGCCGGCGAACAGCGUCGGCAGAGCAGUGGCUCUCAUCGACUCACCGUUGCGCAGUUGGCGCUGCAUAACACCAGUUUUCCGCGGACACGGAAAGACAGCGCUACGAGCAUAACGAGCGUGAGCACGGACGGGGAGGGGAGCAAGGGCUCUCCUGCGAGGUCUCGGACGGGAUCACUCAUGUCCAACGCGUCAUUCCGAGAGAUGGAAACCGAGGAGCAGAAAGAGCGCAACCGUGAGCGCGAACGGCUUUGGAAUGCUCCUGCCCACUCUCUCCAGCGCCAGCGCAGCAGUCUGCUCACCCCUCCGCCAGCCGAGCGUACGCGCACGCUCAGCACGCCUGCGCGCCCGUCCUCGCUCUCUCCCGGCUAUUCGCCCUCGCAGCACAGGGCGUCGCCAUCUCAUGCGCACGGACAUCCCCCAUCGCCCGCACACCCAACGCAUAACAGCCUGCGCAAACAUGGGUCAUUCUCGUCGACCAGCUCGCGUUCGUCGCGUUCGUCCUUGUCGGGCUCGCAGGCUAGCACGGACCUGGAGAAAGACAGGGUCGACGAAGAAGAGGAGGUCGUCGUACACGAGCGGGAGCGGAACUGGAACAAUCCGCAUCCGCACUGGACGAAACGGCACUCGUACCAGGGGUCGCCGCGGCCGGAGUCUCCGGCGGCGAGCGUGACGUCGAGCACGUCGUACGCGGGGACGAGGAAUUCUCCCGCUGCGCAUGCUAUCCGAGUGAGAGCGGAGAGUCUGAAGGAGAAGGCGCACGCCAGUCCGAGCCCGAGCAGGGUCGGUGCGAAGGCGAGGCAACCGACGCCGAACAAGGUCCCACUUCGGAACGCGCAGAGUUCGUCGAACAUAAACUCUCCGUCGCCCGCGCGGAAGGCAGAAGCGUCGGAUGGCGUAGAGAACCUCAGCUCUUCGAUGAGACGGAUAUCGCCUGCAAAGCCGAGCACGCCCGCGGAGAAGCCCGUGCCUAUUCCGAUUCCAGCUGUCAAAUCGAAAACACCCCAGCCUCAGUUGGAGGAUCUUUCGGCGGAUAUGAGCGAGGAGCAGGAACAUCCGGAAAUCAUCACGAACUCGCACUCGCACUCGCACGCCGGAGUAGGCUUGGACGGCGCACGAUUUGGAUGGAAAUUCCCGCGAGCCAAAAGCCCCGUACCUCCCGUCGCGUUGCAGCCCCCGUCCGAAGACGAUCUCAGCCCACCACCUUCUCCAUCGCGCACCCGGAGACCCGUGACGCCGACUGGGCAGCACAGGUCUAGUCAUAUACCCGUGCGAUCACCGGGCAAGGGCUCGAAAGGGCUGGAGACCAGCCCCCGCAAAGGGCAUAAGCGGACGACAACCGAGCUUGCAGACGCGGUGGGACGGCUGCCGCCCUCUGUAAAUCCCAAGAUCUCGCCGUUGUUCGAUGGUGUCGACCUCGCCGCGUCGCCUGCUGCGGGCAGCGAUGCAGGCAGCUCGCCGAGGCAGGCCACGCCGAGGCUACGCCCCACUGCUACGCUCGCCGUCGAACCUUUAGCCACCCCACCGUCUUCGCCCGAGCGGCAGGUUCGCGAUGAAGACCGACUACAGAAAGCACUCUCCAGCCCGGCACCGCCGCAGCCCGAGACCCCUCCCGCGUCCCCACCUCUGCCACCAGGGGGCACCGACCGCACGCCGUCUUCGUCGGUGCUAGCCACACCAACUAGGGCAUCGUCGAGCACGCCGCGGCUCGAGUUCGAGACGCCGUCGCCGCCAAAGGGUAUGCCCGAUCUGCCAGAUCCGCCAUCGGACGAGGACGAUACUAUGGAGCUACCCCCGCGUACGCCGCUCAAGUUCAACGGCUUCGCCAAUGCGGGCGACUUCUCGUCCAUGAAGACGCCGCGGCCACCGGGGGCGUGGGCCGCCACGCCGCUCCCGGCGAGACAGGACGAACCAGCCAAAGCAUCGGCGCCUGCGUUUAAUCGGCCGCAGACCUCUCCCGGGGACAGCUCGGGAGACAGUGUGGCUACAGGGCUGGCUACGCCUGCUUCGACGCUGUCGAGAGCACAUGCGUUGCCGCCUCAGACACCGGCACCUCCUGGUGGUUGGCUUGCCACGCCCUAUACAGGCAAUCGGAAGAGCAUUAUGAAGGUCAGGUUCGAUGUCGAGGCUUCGGGAUCUGAGGGUAGCGUCUUGGGUGGCGCGUCUGUCUCUGAGGCAGCGGAGUCGGAAGUGUCCACCGAGCCUUCGUCACCCGUCAUUGACCCCGCCGAGGGACCGAGCGAGGUGUCUCAUCUGGAGUUCAAGCACAUAGACCGGAUUAUGAGUGCCAGGGCAUCGCUAACUCCUAGUCCGGAGCGAGAACAUAAGGACGAGGGCGACGAUACGCCCCGCAUGAGGAGUGCUCCCCUCCCGUCGACGGCGCAGGAACAACAGCACCAAUGGAGUCCGAAGCGGUCCGUCAAUGUCCGCAUGCUGGACGCGUAUGGUCGCGAGCAACCGCCGUCACCGCCCGCGGAUGUUAAGCCUGAAACGUCGAUCGCCCGGACGUCGCGGAAUAAGAGCGGCGUGCGGAUGUUGGACGCCUUCGGGCGCGAGAUCGAGGAGGAGUCCGUCGUCAGCCAGAGCGAGGACGAGGGCCCCCUGUCACAUAACGAUGCGCUCGCUCGGCUCCGUGCUGGUGUGGCGGAUCUGCGAGCAGAGCUCAGCGACGCUGACAGAUCACUCGAGCCUCUCAGCCUUAGGGAUUCUACACUUGCCAAGCUCGAUGAGAUGUCGUCGAGAUCUCGGGCAGCAAGGAGGGAGCUGGCGCAGAAGCUGGUACAAACCAUGGACGUCACUCGCGAUGCUGAAGAAGAGUUGAAGGGCAAAUACGGCAGCCUGAGUGGGAAGCUACUGUCUUCUUCUAUGGGGUCAUACGUGGGCUGGCGAUCCUUGCCGACCUGGUUAUUCUGGAGCAUUGUUCUUGUGCAGUUCAUCCUUGUUGUUCUCAUGUAUCGGAUGUCUGCUGCUCGCGCUCGAGCUAUGUUUCUCAGCACAUAUUAUGACCCCUUCGAACCGGCCAUGCACUUACACGCGGUCGACCCGCACUUUGUGCGCAACGCUAUCUGGGAUACCUCAUCAUCCACCUGGUCCGUCUUUACCAUCACGGACUCUGUACAGCGCGCCGGGUGGAAGGGCGCCUUCGCUGAUUUCUAUGGGAACGCCACCUUGAUCGUUCAAGGCUGGCAACAUCGCGCGUGGGAAGCGUGGGGUACAGACACCCGGCCAACCCCAUGGCCUCCGACGUGA